AUCGUACGGCAGCAGCAACCCGGGGUACGGCAGCAGCCGGGCUACGUGCCUCCGCCGGGGGUACCUGGUGCCGCUACGAUGACCUGGCGGACUGCUUCACAGGUCCCUCCUCCCACCGCAUCCACUCCCCCCUGGGUGCUGCUCCACCCAUCUUCCUGCGAGCGGGGGCGGUCGUGCCCACGCAACCCAACCCACAGCACAACACCUCAGCCGCCGCCGGCAGCAGCAGCAUGGGCAGAAACACUAGCGGCAACGGGGGCGGCAACGCCAGCUCUCCGCGCGCCACUCCGCCCCUGACCACCUCCCUCACCGCCGCCUCACCCCUCACCCUCAUCGCCCUCCUGGCAGCCCCCGCACCCGCUGCUGCUGCUGCUGCUGCCAACACAAUGCCUGCCACCACCGCAACACCAGC